AUGUCUGGACGAGGCUACGAUCGAGGAUACGACCGCGACGACCGCGAUGACCGUGGACCUCGAGGCGGCGGAGGAGGCCGUGGUGGCGGAGGUCGUGGUGGUCGAGACCGUGCUCCUCCUACUACCCUCUUUGUGGCGGGCUUUCCGCCCAACAUGCGAGCUAAGGAUCUCGCCUACGAAUUCGAGCGUAUGGGCCCCCUGAUUCGAUGCGACAUUCCCGCUCUCAAGUCGGCCACCGCCACUCCCUACGCCUUCAUCGAGUACGAGGAUCCACGCGACGCCGAUGCCGCCUUCCGCGACAUGCACGGUAUGCGAUUCGGACGCAACGAGAUCUCGAUCCAGUUUGCAAAGAACGCUCCCUCGGCCAGCUGGAGGUUCGACGGCCCUUCGCGAGGUCCCCCUCCUCCUCCUUCGUACGGCGGCCGCGGCGGUCGCGACGGUCGUGACUCGCGCGAUGACCGUAGCCGCUCCGACAUUCCCCCUCCUCCAGCGCGCCCUCAGCUGACCAAGGAGGAGGAGGAGGAGGCCGACCGCGCCGCCGAGGAGCGUGCCCGUAAACGUGCCGCCAUGCGCCGAGAGCGCUCGCCCGAGCCUCGACGUGAUGACGAUGCCGACUACCCUGAAGACCGAAGGAGGGGUGACUCGCGUCGCGCCGACGACGAUGCGGAUCGCGAAGAGCGAAACGGUGACAGCGCAGCCAACGGCAACGGCGCUGAGGCUGACCAGACCAAAGAGGAGGUCAAGGACGACGGUGCCAACGACGACGCCGCCGCCGAUGAGAAGAAGCCAGAGGAGAACGACGCUGCAUCCGGCUGGGUAAGCAACGAGUAG